AUGCAAAUUAUUGGUGUGGUAAAUUCAAAGAAAGUUUCAUACUCCUGUCGUGAAUGUUUAUCUCGUUUAAUUACACCACAACAAACCGACUGUUCAUCCACGUGUCCAUUGAAUAAUUUACGUCGUCCAUUUUCCAAUGUUAGUGAACUGGUAAUCAAUGACGUGAAGGAAGAAAUACGUUCAGUAGCUCGACCAUAUUUGAAUAUUAUUUGUGAAUAUCCUAAAGAUGCUAUUACUUCUCUAAUUUAG